GAGGGGGUCAGGGAUCGCGAGGUCCUAGUUCAGUCGAUCGUGGUCUGCCGACCCGCUCGCUCGGUCAUCCAGGUUAGAGGUUACACUCUCGCUGUCGACAUUACGUUCUCAUAAAAAAUCCACUUUGUCUUAUCUGCCGAACCCUAUCAGUGCCGUAUCUACAGUGCGCAUCUUAUCGCCCGGAUAUCGCUUUCGGACAAUUCUUUUGAGGUUCACGAAAAUAUUUAUUUUUCCUGAUAUUAAUUUUCCCCCGUCGCGGAGGGUGAAGUGAGGACUGCGGACCUAGGACUGUGACAGUGAUGGUCUCCGGGACCCUCUAGUGCCCGCGCCUCGUGGUUCAGCUCCCGCAGGAUCUUCUAGUUCCUUCUGGAUCUCGGGAGGCGGUCACCCGCUCCCUUCCUCCGCCACCAUUAUUCUUCCUCACAACGGCCUGACGGUGUGUCGGCCGGGGGUGUUGUGUCCACCCGGGCCGCCUCCGGACAGCCUGGACCUGGGGUUUCCCCGGAGCAUGACCCUGGUGGCGCCCCCUUGGCGGGAACCCCCGCCCGUGUUGGGCCACCACGUCGUCACCCCGGCGGUCCCCGAGGAGUCGCUGGUCCCGGGGUCCGGGCUCCGGGAACUCCAGGUCUCCACGACCCCCGGGACCAACUCUACCCAGAGUGGCGGCAGUUCUCAGGGUGUCGACAAGAACCAGAACAUAGAGUGUGUCGUGUGUGGUGACAAGUCCAGCGGCAAACACUACGGCCAGUUCACUUGCGAAGGGUGCAAGAGCUUCUUCAAGCGCAGCGUGAGGCGGAACCUGACGUACUCGUGUCGUGGCAGUCGCAACUGUCCCAUCGACCAGCACCACCGUAACCAGUGUCAGUUCUGUCGGCUGAAAAAGUGUCUCAAGAUGGGAAUGAGGAGAGAAGCGGUCCAGAGAGAGCGAGUACCCGCGGCGGCUCUACCUUGGUACCCAGGGGGACAGUUCUCCUCCCUCACCAACGGCGAGCUGGACGAAGCUGUCCAGAGAGGGCGAGUACCUCCCUCGCAGCCUCCAGGGUUACCCGGCCAGUUCUCGCUGACGAACGGAGAGUCCGCUGCCGCUGCUGCUGCCGCCGCUGCUGCCGCAGGACUCAACGGUCACUCCUACCUCUCCAGCUACAUAUCGCUGCUGCUACGGGCCGAGCCUUACCCCACGUCACGGUAUGGCCAGUGUAUGCAGCCCAACAACAUCAUGGGCAUCGAUAAUAUCUGCGAGCUCGCCGCCAGGCUACUCUUCUCCGCGGUCGAGUGGGCCAGGAACAUCCCUUUCUUCCCGGACCUCCAGGUUACGGACCAAGUGGCCCUGUUGCGGCUAGUCUGGAGUGAACUGUUCGUGUUGAACGCGUCCCAGUGCUCGAUGCCGCUGCACGUGGCUCCGCUCCUGGCUGCAGCGGGUCUCCACGCCUCCCCCAUGGCUGCCGACCGUGUCGUCGCCUUCAUGGACCACAUCAGGAUAUUCCAGGAGCAGGUCGAGAAGCUGAAAGCUCUGCACGUCGACAGCGCGGAGUACAGCUGUCUCAAAGCCAUCGUCCUAUUCACAACAGAUGCCUGCGGGUUGUCGGACGUGUCACACAUAGAGAGUCUACAGGAGAAGUCUCAGUGCGCCCUGGAAGAAUACUGCCGGACUCAAUACCCCAACCAACCCAUCCGCUUCGGCAAACUUCUGCUGCGCCUGCCUUCUCUGCGCACCGUCAGCAGCCAAGUCAUAGAGCAGCUGUUCUUCGUGCGUCUCGUGGGGAAGACCCCGAUCGAGACUCUCAUCCGGGACAUGCUGCUCAGCGGCAGCAGUUUCAGCUGGCCCUACAUGAACUCGAUGUGACACAGCGUCUGGCGUCAGCUCGCCAGCACCUGAUAGACGCGCUCUGGCGGCCGGCCCGCAGACUACACGCGGUGUGUAGAAGAGCGGGCUCGUGGGAUCCGCGUUAGCGAACGAUAGACGCGCCCCUAGCGGUCGGCCAGUCUACUACACGCGGAGUAGGUGCGCUCCUGGCGGCCGAUCCCUGCACUACACACGACGUGUAGAGAAACGACCAAUGGGGUCCGCGCUCGCGGUGAUAGUCGCGCCCCAAGCGGUCGGUUUGCUAACUACACGCGAGAGUGUAGUCAACAUCGGCUUGUUGGAUCCGGCAGCACGAAUCUCGUGGUCUUGUCCACUCGUAACCAGCCCCAACCCCCCGAAACUGAUUUGAUCAGAAGUUAGGAAAUGUUACCUGUAAACUAGAUACGGUUGACUCAGAACAAUAAAUCUAUAAAAUUCAAGUUAGCCUUAAUAACAGCGUAAACCUGACAAGUGAAAAAUAAUUCAAUUCGUAUUACCUUUUUUGAACAUUUUGAUUAACAUCAGACUUACUUCUUUUAAUACAAUACCGCUCAUGUAAGAUCUUUUCGUGACGGACAAAAAAAUCGUGAAACAUUAGGAAGCGCCCAAGUUGAUUCUAUAACUCCUGCAAUAGAACUACUACAAUAAUCGCAAUCCGACACGUCCAGAUUCAUCACUUGAGCUUAUUUGUUGAAUUCAAACUUAUCGAACAAAUGGACGUCCGAUAACCAUUUGGGACGGAGCUGGUUUGGACAAUGGCGACGACUUAGGCAAUGUUACGUUAACACUUGUGAUAGCUGUAGACGAUAAUUAGGUUAAGUUGCUGUACCGUCUGCCGUGUACAUAGCGUAGCUGUCUGUACAUAGCGCUAGCGCCCGUCGAGCGUAUUUGCAUUUCUUACUCUUAGGUAAACUUCUCGAGAUUACAGGUAUAGUCGUGUGCUUUACAGUCGGUAGCAGCAUUGAUCUUUCGCGCUUUUCGCCAACAUUCACCUACUUCAUAUUGCUAGAGCAAAUUUAGUAGGUGUAUGUUAACCGAAUGUCAAAAACAAAUAUCAUUGUAACUUAUGGUAUGUACAAAAUCUAAAUAACCACUAGGAUUCAAUGUUCUGUCAAAAAACUUUCAAAUAUUUUAACUUUUCAAAAAUUACAACCUUUAAAAUUUACUUUGUGUCUUCGAAAGCAUUGUAACAAAUCACAUGCGAAUUUAUCAAUUAAUCAAGUCAAGAAAGACGGCUAGAAUAUUAGGUGGAUAUUUUUGCUCGCUGGCAAGUAAUUUUCGAUAACUGGGAUCGUUCAUUUAAGUGAUCACUGACCAGCAAAAUAUAGUCCGUCAUAAUAUAUAAACUGUUAUUAUAUUAUAUAUUUAAUGUCUAUUUAUUCAUAUUUUAAAUUUUAUUAAAAAGUAAGACUGCAUAUAAACAAAGAUAACUAUUUCCCAUUGUAAUACCACAUUAAACAUUUAAAAUUAAAAACUAAUAGACACCAGUGAUGCCUGUUUCAACAACACAAUUUAAAUUUUAAGUCACUUAAUGAAAUAAAAAUCGUAGGAAAAAUAAAAUGUUUAUAUAUUGCAUUGUGCAGUAUUUUUGUGAGUCCAGCAGAUAUAGGGACCAGUCAGUGAAUCGUGAAGAGCCUUCCAGUGCGCAUGCGUAAUCUCUGCCUAAUCUCCUAGCCGCCUUCUCUGAGCGGAAAAUAUAUGAUACAUACAUUAGCUUUAAGAAACAAAGCAAAAGCGUCUAAAGAACAAUGCUGUUAUCUUAUACACACGGAGGCAGAUUUAUUUGUAUAGUAUACAUUGACCGUGUACCAGUCUUGUAUAUAUUAUAUUUGUUGUGGCUUAUAUUGUAGAUGUUACUUUUUAUUUAUUGCUCAAAUUGCGACCCGUUGAUAGCAAUAACGUUAUAUACCAAGUACGCCAAUGUGGGCUAUCAGUGUGGCAUUUGCUUGUAUGUAUAAACUCUCAGUAGGUUUAGUUACUGUAGUUCGUCUAUUGGUAAUAUUCAAACAAUUAAAUUAUGUUUCAUUAGCAUUCUGUUUUAUUAGUUUCUGUUAUAAGUACUGUUGCAUUAUAUAAUACUGUGCAUAUAUUAAAACUCAUUUCGACAUUGGAAAGAUGAGCUGUAUCGGAAUUUUACACUUUUUUAGGUUAAAAUGAAUAGUGAAAAUAAACAACGAAAUAAAAUAGGGAUAUUUUACGAGUAGUUUUACCUUGUUUUAUUGUACUGUUUUCAAUCUGGAAAACCAUAUUAGGUAUUUUUAUGUUUGCCUUUUGUCAGCAAACUUAUUAGAAGAAUGUAUUUACGUUUUAGAAUGCAACUGUGCAACGGCAUAUGUUGACAUCACAGUGACAAGCAGGUAUUUACAACGAAGUUGGACAAUUGUGAAACAUGUGUUUACGUACGAAAUUGUGUUUCGGGUUUUCAAUAUACAUGUAUGUAUUAAUUUACGCUUAUAUUUCCAUUCAAACUAAUAAGCAAAUGUCCACAUUGAACAGUUGACGGAAGAAAACCAUGAAUUAUUAGUGUAUAGAUGAUGAAUAUAUAUUGUAUAGUUUUAAAUAUAAAAUUCUCUUUUAAACCACCGAAUUUUGUGUUUAACAAAAUAUGUUUGUAUGAUGUCCAAUACAAUUUUAUUUCCUAUGUACAGAUCGAGGAACUGACAAACUGUGUAUAAAAUUUCUAUAAAAACGA